CUGGAAUCACUGCUUGGCAACGGAUCGAGGAAGAAAUGAUGGCAUGAUUUUGACAACAUGAAAAAGAAAAAGUGCGGAGGAAUAUUGUUGCACUGCUUCUGAAAUCACCAUAUGAAGGUGGAGAAAGACUGACUGGAGAGAGAGUUGAGGAGCAGAGCACAAACAAAUCUGCUGGAGCCUGGUUGCCAUGGAUCCCCCUCCCUCUCUGAGUCUGGCCCUUCUCAGUGGGAGCGAAGACGAAGAGCAACAUCUGCCCCUCCCUCUCGGUGGUCUCUCCCAUGCUUCCCUUUCUGGCAACUACCCUGGGACCAACCACUCGAAUCACACGGGAGGCAACAGCAGCCUGGAGCGUCUCAAUGGCACUCCGUCACCCACCACGCCGAACCUUCCCCCGGCAUCGCUGCCCAAGUUGCCCCUGUCCACGACACCCCAGCUGUCCACACCAAUCCCCAACGCGCUCCACCCCACCAGCACCCCGCUCUCCUCCUGCCUGGGCAGCCAACAUAGUCUGAGUGGGGAGACUUCGCCUGUCUACAAUGCGCUGUUCUACUCCUCUCAUUCGCCUUCCACUGAGCGAGAGCGAGAGAGGGGAUGUAAGCACAGGCAGGCCAGUCCGCUGGUGCACAGGCGGGACAGUAACCCCUUUACCGAGAUCGCCAUGAGCUCGUGCAAGUACAGCGGCGGCGUGAUGAAGCCGCUCAGCCGCCUCAGUGCCUCCCGCCGUAACCUCAUUGAGUCCGACAGCGGAAGUGACACCAAAGAGGGCGGGGCGAGUGCGAGCCAGGCAACCACGGCCUCCUCUCAACACAGUCAGUCCCAAUCCCAGAACCCCCCAGAGAUCGUUAUCUCCUCAAAAGAGGAUCCACCUUACGGACACGCUUACGAACUCGAGGCCUCGGCCAAUCAAAUGUCCAUCUACCACCAGAACCAUGCCCUCUCUGAGAGCAGGGGUGUGCUGGGUGGCGUGGCAGGGGGUGGGACUAAUGGAAGGAGGGGCGGUGCUGUCGUGGGAGGCCCGGGGAGGACCGCUUCCAAAGCCCCUAAACGUAAGAAUCAGAACAUUGGCUACAAACUAGGCCACAGGAGGGCGCUGUUCGAAAAGAGGAAGAGACUUAGUGACUAUGCGCUCAUAUUCGGCAUGUUUGGCAUUGUUGUCAUGGUGAUAGAGACCGAGCUGUCCUGGGGUGUCUACACUAAGAGCUCCAUGUAUUCACUGGCACUGAAGUGUCUUAUCAGCCUUUCCACCGUCAUUCUUCUUGGACUAAUCAUCGCUUACCAUGCUCGAGAGGUGCAGCUCUUCGUUAUUGACAAUGGUGCGGACGACUGGCGGAUCGCCAUGACCAUAGAGCGAGUGCUGCUUAUCGCUCUGGAGCUGAUUGUUUCGGCGGUUCACCCGGUACCAGGGGACUUCAAGUUCAUGUGGCGGGCGCGGCUGGCCUUCUCCUACGCUCCCUCGCAGGCGGAGGCAGAUCUAGACAUGGUGCUAUCUGUACCCAUGUUCCUUAGACUCUACCUCAUCGCCCGAGUCAUGCUGCUACAUAGCAAGCUCUUCACCGACGCCUCCUCCCGCAGCAUAGGGGCACUCAACAAGGUGCACUUUAACACACGGUUUGUGAUGAAGACCCUGAUGACCAUAUGCCCGGGCACGGUGCUGCUGGUCUUCAGUAUCUCCCUGUGGAUCAUCGCUGCCUGGACCGUAAGAGUGUGUGAGAGGUACCAUGAUGCUCAGGAUGUGACCAGUAAUUUUUUGGGUGCAAUGUGGCUCAUCUCCAUCACCUUCCUCUCCAUUGGAUACGGAGACAUGGUGCCUCACACCUACUGUGGCAAGGGAGUGUGUCUGCUCACAGGAAUUAUGGGAGCAGGAUGCACUGCAUUGGUUGUUGCCGUGGUAGCCAGGAAGCUUGAAUUGACAAAGGCGGAGAAGCAUGUGCACAACUUUAUGAUGGACACACAGCUCACCAAACGGAUAAAGAACGCAGCAGCGAAUGUUCUACGAGAGACUUGGCUGAUAUACAAGCACACCAAACUGAUGAAGAAAAUUGACCACUCCCGCGUACGCAAGCAUCAGAGGAAGUUCCUCCAAGCCAUUCACCAAUUGCGAAGUGUUAAAAUGGAGCAGAGAAAACUCAGUGAUCAAGCCAAUACUCUGGUGGACUUAUCAAAGAUGCAGAGCGUCAUGUAUGAGCUGAUGUCUGAGCUGAACGACCGCAGUGAGGAUCUGGAGAGGCAGAUGUUAAGUCUGGAGCAGCGGGUGGAGCAGCUGACGGCCGGCUUUAACGUUCUGCCCGCUCAUUUGUCGGCCACGCUCAGCGCCCAGCACGCCACGCUCAUUCAACUAUUGCGUGAGCGUGAUGCCAAGGUCCUGAGCCCCACUGUGCCCUCUGUGCUCUCACCCACCGCUGCCAGCCUGCCUCUAGCCAACCCCCCCUCCGGCUCUGGCUCCGUCCCUGUCCCGACUCAGCCCACCGAGGACAGUCCCAACACCAGCAGCUCCAGCUGCUGAGAGCUCUGGUGCGGGAAGUUCCCUCCGGGGUGGAGAGAACUUGGAUUAGUCGAAACGAAGAGAUGACAUAACCAUACACACGCAUU